ACUUUACUUUACCACCGCCGCCAUAUUGCUGUCCCCGUGCGUCGUGCGUGCGUCUGCUGAUAUUGAAUCACUCCAGCACUUAGCUGUUCCUGCCUGCAGGUUACUUAAAUUGUCUAAAUAUAUAAUCUUGAACAACUAGUGUAAUGGGUGAUCGUAACGAUCCUAUAAAGUUCGGCCCCGAGUGGCUGCGCAACAUGUCACGAGAGCGUAGCGCGGCGAGGUCAAACAGUCAGAGCGCUAACUCGAGCCCGAGUCAGAACGCCAGCGCGAGCCCGGGUCAGAACCCGGGGCGACAACCAAGCUCGUGCCCGGGAACCCCGGCCGCCUUACCCGGCUCCUCCGGGGCUGCCGGGGGGGCCGCAACAAACAGUUCAGCAGCGCCGACAAACAAUACGCCAUCAAAGAUACUGUUAGCUAAACUUAGGUAUGGCCGGGAAGAGAUGCUCGCCUUGUACGAUAGGGAUACCGAAGCACCAGCAGAAUUAAAAUUUAUUGAUACCUUGUAUCAGCCACGAGGAAAACAACCAGUGGCGUUAAAUAACACUUUCGAUGAUGAUGUAAGGGAUAACUUACGAAGCGCGCCUCCUAUAGGAGGGAUGGCAUCAGGCGACAGAUUUGUUGUUGGCCGGGGGUCAGGGCGUGGCACCGCCAGUGACGGACGCGGCAGGCUCCGCGGUUCUUAUAUACGACAGCCGUCCGGCAUGGGAAGGGGCCAGUUAGCCAUGUGGUAUGCUAGUGGCGUAAGAAUGCCAUAUAGCGGAGGAGCAGAUGAUGAAAAUGCUCCGUCGCGUCCCUGGACUAAUAAUAGCAACAACAACAAUAACAGAAACAGUGGUGACCAGCAGACAGACUGGGCCUCAAAAAUGUUCAGAAGCAAGCGGCAGGGUACUAAUACGAACUGGCGACAGCCGCAGACCAGAGAUGAAGGCGAAGAGUGGCGCUCCCCAGAGCCAGGCAGAUCUCGUCAAGAACGUGACUGGGGCGAGAGAACAACCAGCGACAGACCCCAGCCAUGGAACAACAGACGCAAUUGGUCUGGAGGAGAAAAUAACGAAGAGAACUUGCCAGAGUGGGCUGUUGAAAAUGCAGAAUGUGGAGGCACAUUCGAUUCUUCGGGAGCGUUCCAUGGGUACAGUAAUGACGAUAGCAAUCUGCCAAAACAAGACGGUGCCUAUUCUCUCACGCGGUCUCAUACGCAUGGAAGCUUCCCCAGGCCGAAAGUGGUGGAAGAAGGCUCUGAUGAAUGGUGGGCCUCAGAGAAAGCCAAAAAACUAUCACCAAAACGUUUUGAUGCUAGUGAUCUCAAAUUUAAAAAGCAACCUGGUAUUGGCGUAGGAGAUGGUCCAUCAACAUCAAGUGGAACCAAGUCCAACUCAAACUAUGACAACUUACAAGAGAUACCGGAAAAGUUGGAGGCGCAAUCCACGGCCGGCCCGGAUCCACCUGAGGCAGUUGCCAACUCCAAAGACGAAAACAAAGGCAAGAGUGCAAUAACAGUUGGUGAGUUGAAAAAGAGCAGAGCUCUUGCAUUCGCACAACUCAUGAGACCGGAUCUUAAUUUAGAGGAUGACAGCGGGAAUUUCCGAUCUGUCAUCAUAAGUUCAAACAACAGUCUACGACAAAAACACCAGCAUCUCGUCCCAGCCAUGCCAGAGGUUGCUGCUGGCAAACCCAUGCAUACUGUCGCAGGAUCUACGACCGGCAGUCAGACUGACGUGAAUCAUGUUAAAACACCGGAAGAAUUACUUGACAAUAUAUUUGGCAUGUCACUUGAGGAAAAGGAAUUACUCUCCACACCUCCCACAAGCCAAAUGAUGAAUUCUGGUAUGUCUAAAACCCCGCAAAUGAACAUGCCAAGUGCCACACCACCUAGCCAGGCCAUGAACAUAGAGAUGCAUUUGAGCAACCAGACUAUGCAGUCAGGAGUUCUACCACCAGUGCACCAUUCACCUGGGAUGCAGCAAGGUGUAAUAAAUGCCGGCGGGAUGCCAUCGGGUAUGCAGGCAGGCCUACACAUGCCUGGCGUACCAGUAGCGAUGCAACCAGGAUUCCAGUCUGUACCUAUGCAAAACAUACCUGGCAUGCCAUCUGCCGGGAUGCAAAACAUGCCUGGAAUGGCAUCCGGUGGCCUACAGACUAUGCAGGGCAUGCAGGGCCCUCGAGUACAGACACCAGGCAUGCAGCCAGUGCUGCAGAAUGUUGGCAUUACUAAUUCUGCACUGAAUGCCUCACUAGGCCUCCCGAUCGGCCCUAACAUUGGACAACCUUUCCAACACAUGCCUCAACAGGUGAUGCCUAAUGUGGGGAACAGUUCGCCUAUGGGCUCGUCUGGUAUGGGCGUCAUGGGCUCAGGCUCCAUGCAGGCCAGUGGAAACAUGCAGGGCAAUAUGUCUGGGUAUCAAUCCGCCAAUGCUAUGCCAGGAGGCAUGUCUAAUAAUGUUGGGAAUGCCUCAUUAUUCCUUGCACCACAUGCCAAUACUUCUAUGUCAUCGGCUAAUGAUAUGCCUAUGUCAAAUCACUCUGGGCAGAAUAACAUGAUGAUGCAGCUACAUGGACUUCAGGGCUCUCAGGGUCCUUUCGGCAACUCCAUGUAUGGAAACAAUGCCAUGCCUAAUGCCAACUUAAUGGACCAGUGGUAUUAUGAAGAUCCUGAGAGGAACAUCCAAGGCCCGUUCACAUCAAAGGAUAUGUACAACUGGUAUAGAGCAGGCUUCUUCAGCCCAAGCUUGAUGGUGCGUCGGGCUUGCGAAACUAUGAUGAGACCUCUCGGGACUUAUGGACCCUUGGUGCCGUUUGCACAAAUGGACGCGAUGAAAUCAUUCCCGAUGUCCGGCGGAUAUGAGCGACAAGCAUCGCACGACAACAUGCUGAACUCACAGGCUUCGCUUGCUCUAGAGGUCAUGAAUAUGGGUUCUAUGAAUGUACCCGAUAAUGCACCUAUGGAAUUACAAUCUGGAUCUGUGGGAAUUAUGGCAAAUCAAACUUAUGGCCAGCCGCAACCUAUGGUGGAUUCUUUGUGGGGCCAGGGUCACUCGUCAUCGGCUGACCAGAUGUGGAUGCAGCAGCCUGUCAACCCGCCCGAAUCGCGAGUCACCCCUGGUCACGUAUUCUACUGGAAAGACACACGGCCUUCGGCCAUCAAUUCGAAUUCUCUGCUGCCGGACGAAAUUGCGAAGGAGAUGAAAACGGAGGAUCAGAUUCUGGCGCAGCUCCGAGCGACGCAGAACAUUGGGCAGCCUGGGCAGACGUUCCUGAGCGAGCUGCCGCCGCCGCCCGCGCCGGUGCCCGAGGAGUGCUACUCGCCCAACGUGAGCGCGACGCCCGACAUGGAGGAGCUGCACAAACUCAUCCAGACGGAGACCCUGACGGGCCCGGCCAGCGCGGCUGUCGCGACCGAGCCUGACAACACUGACGCACAGCCAGUGGCGGAGAAACCGACGAAGCUAGAGCAAAGCCCUAGCGAAGCGAGUCUCGCGAAGUCCUCCCCCGUGGCUAAGGCCGCUGCUGAACCGAAACCAGUGAAACAAACCAAGGAGGCGGACAAGUCUACUAAGAACAAGGAGAAUAAUAACACUAAGAACAAGAAUAAGAAGGCGAAAGACGAGAAGAAGGAGGAAGUCGCUGAAGUGAAGGUUAAGGAGGAGGAAGUCAAGCCUGAGAAGCGAUCGCAGGAGGAAUCCCCGUCGAAAAACAAGAAAGAAGACAAAUCUAGUAAGAAGGACAUUGAAAAGGAGAAAAAGGAGUGGAUCAAGGAAGGGUUCACAAUCGUCAAGGGCCCGGAGAAGAGUGCUAACAAAGAUAACAAGAAGAAAGCCGAAGAGGCGCGAGUGGCCGACGAGGCUGAACGAAAGAGGAAGGAGGAAGAAAAAUUAGCCACUGAUGAGGAAAAGAAGAAAAAGCAAGCGGAGACAGCCAAAAAACAACAGGAACAACAACAGCAAGUCCAGCAGCGUCAAGCAUCAGAGUCCGUCGCGAAGAAGGCGCCGUGGUCAUCAGUCGCCACGCAGAACAUGCAGGCCACCAGCAAGGACGGCCUCACGCUCGCCGAGAUCCAGCGUCUCGAGAGAGAGAAGAAACUCGAACAGAUGAAAGAACAGCAGCAGAUGAUGCAGAUCAUUGCUCAGCAGCAAGCCGCAGCGCUGGCUAGGGAACAGGAAAUGCAGGCUGGCUUGGGAUGGGCGAAGAAGAAGGGAGCCAACCAAACACCAGGACAGAGUUUGGCUGAGAUUCAGGCUGAAGCGCGUAAGCAAGCGAUGGCGGCGGCGGUAGCUGCGGCAGCUAAAGCUAUGGAAGAGACGGAGACUGCGCCCGCCCCGCCCGCCAACCACGCGCCCUGGGCUAACACACACAACGGAGGCUUCUGGGACACCCAGCCAAACUCGGCUAAAGGCGAGAAAUCUUCUGAGCCUCAGAAGGCCGAACCAGUGAAGAACAAGAAGAAGGUGAACGUCUCCACGCCCGUUAAGAAGGAACCCUCGCCCGCUGGCGAGUUCGACGCCUGGUGUGCCGGCGUACUCACUUCCUGGAGCUCCAAGAUCGAUGUGCCGACUUUCGUAGGCUUCCUAAAAGACAUUGAAUCACCGUACGAGGUGAAAGAUUACGUCAAAUGCUACCUGGGCGACUCCAAGGAAUCUAACGACUUCGCUCGCCAGUUCCUCGAGAGAAGGUCUAAGCUCCUCCGCGUCGGCAUGGUGACGCCAUCGGACGACCUGUGCUCCCCUGCUAUGGCUGUGAACCCGCGAACCCCCUCCAGCUCCGACUACCAAGAGGUCAAGGGCAAAGGCAAGAAAACCAAGAAAAACAAAAUGCUUAAAGUCGACGUGCGUAUUCUGGGAUUCUCAGUAACAGCCGCCGAAGACCGCAUCAAUGUAGGCGAUAUUGAUACCGUUUGAACAUCCACCCUCUCGUGUUCGCUCUAACUUGUGAUAACCCAUCGGAGAUAUAAAUACUAGUGACGUCAGUCCCGCUCGGUGGUAUCCAUCGGCCGCGGACCGACGCCUCGAAUCAAUAACACUUGCACUUAUUGUCUAAAGCAAUCAAUACUAUACCGAGCGUUCACUUUACACCCUUAAAUGAUACCACCUAUAUUUAUAUAUUGAAUUAAAUGCAUGUUGCACCCAUGUAUAACUUAUUUUACUUGUUCGACGAUGUAUCUUAUAUAUAACAAUGAAUUUUGAAUUAUUUAUUAAUUUUGCAUGAACUUUUCUGUGUCCGGUCGUAGAAACAAAAUAAUACGUGGUACCAUUUGACGGCGUAACCGACGCUUGCUAGUAUACCUUUCGUAGUUUAUAAGAAAAUUGUACGUCUUAUUGGGUCGAGGCGCACUACUGGUUGUCAAUUUCACCUUCAAUACUUUUCUACGCUGUGUAAGAAACUGAACAAUGUUACCGAAUUGUUUAACUGAUAGUAAUAUAGUGUAUUUGCCGGAGUAACGUGAAGCGGCUUGUACUGUGAGCAUAUGAGCGUAGCCAGUGCAUAAUAAACCACCCUAAUAUUGUGCCUUCAGUGUGUUAUGGCCAUGAUGAUUGGAGGAGUGUCUACUUGCAAACGUUCAUUUCCUAUGUAUUAGUAUUGUAUCACUGUCAUCUGACUCGCAGGUAACGCACGUGUUAUCUGUUAUACAAAGACGUUAUUGGUCGUCACGUUAUUGGUUCUUGUAUUGUGAUAUUAUAUUGACGGCACGGAUGAUGGGACAGACAACGGAUCCGCUAUCACUUACGAGAGUCCCCGCACAUUUCUAGUCAAUUUCUACAAUAAUAAUAUACGUGAUAACCCAUGAGAUUUUCAUGUACAAUUACAAUAAAAUUACAUCUCAAAUAGAUGAAGUGAUCUUGACCACAGCAUAAUUUGUAGUAGUGCAAGAAGGGUUAUUUUAUUUGCUCAUUUUAUUAAAACAUCAUUUUGCAUUAUAAAUAUGUAAUUUUAAAUGCUAUGCAUUUCUUUUACGUGCAUGUUUCGUUAUUUAAUUUAAACAACGUCUCAUUUCAAAUAGAUGAAGUGAUCGUAACCACAGCAUAAUUUUAAAUCACAUUUUUUGUACAUUGUUCUAAAAUGUAGUGCAAGAAGGGUUAUUUUAUUUGCUCAUUUUUAUUAACACAACAUCAUAUUGCAUGAUAUAUAUGUAAUUUUAAAUGCUGUGCAUUUCUUUUACGUGCAGACUUCGUUAUAUUAUUUUAUUUUAAACAUCGUCUGUGGUAACCGUAGCAGCGAACUUGUGUCAGCCACGGUUAUCAUAGACGCCAUGUUUGUCUCCAUAGUUCUAUCCCUUUGUGCAAUAAUAUAUUGUAGGAACGUCCUUCGCCGCUGUUUAUGAACUGAACAUCUACUUGUGGCUUCGCGAAGCAAAUUAGCACCAACUAACAUUUUUAGCCAACUGUGUCGAGGAUUUUUUAUCUGUUUUGUAAAAUAUUUACAAAAUGUAGACUUUUGACGGGUAUAUUGGUUUUUGAUGUCGGCUUUUGUUUUGAGAAAUUGAUGCGCACUAAUCAUUCUCAUUGAUUUUCUUUAGCCUUCGACGAGAUUUGCCUAAAAUAAAUUAUAUACUUCACUCAAUUUUUGCUACUUUUGUGGUAAUGUUCAGGAUUUCCGGUUUCGCGUCAUUUGGAAAUUAUUUGUAAAUACAUUCAUAAUUCCGGCUUUAAAAAUAUCUACUGCCCUUGAUAAUUUCCAAAGUUACGUUAAUAUCUUGUCAUUUUAAAGUUUUUGUUCAAUUUGCAUUUUGUAGCAUUCCCCAAAAUUUGAGAUCAUUCCAACUAAAAAGUUUUGCAUGAAGAAUAAUGAAUCGGUUUCCACAAAACUUCAGUAUUCGAAAGAAAUAAGAACAGCUUCAUUCACUUUUACCAUACAAUUUUCGAAUCGAUAAAUUAAUAUUACCAAUACGUCUGCCUUGUCGAAACUUUUAGUAUAGCGCGUAACAUAAAAUUUUUGACCUUCUUCCUCCUGCCUUGUUCCCAAUUUUAUUUGGGGUCGGCGCAAUAUGUCAUCCUCUUCUAUCUUCCCCUGUCACUCGUCAUGUCGUCGUCUGCAUUCAUACUUAGCACACAAUUUGUUGUAUAAUAAAUUUUUGACCUUCAAAAACCACAAAAUCGGUUUAUCCGUAGUUUUAAUAAAACUUUCACUUGUCAUAAUUCCCGUGCGUAGAAUUAGCAUUUUAAACCCAUAUAUCGUCGAAGGUUAUUAUUGUAAUAUUUUUUAACGAUUUAUUAUAAUUUGUGUAGCAUUUUCUUACAUUAUACUGUACAUUAGGUACUACAACGAUGAGGUAGUUUAAUGUGUCAAGAUUCGCACCUACUAAUAUUAACGGCUUAAAUAUCUAAUUUGUCUAUAGUUUGUUUGGCAAAAAUUGUGUAUGUCCGAUUUUUUAUUUAGUUUAAUGUUCGAACUACAUCAUAAGGAUUUUAAUAGUAUUUUAUGUAUAUAUAACAUUUUAAAAUAUUAUAUAGUCGUUUUGUAUAUACUUUGUUUGUUAAUGAGCAUAUUUUUUAGUCAAUGUAUGAAGUUGCUGAUUCUUUUUUAAUUUUCUAUGAAGUCGAUAUUAGCCAGUCGUGAGGGAGAGCUACGACCCGACCUCCGUCACCCACACACACACGCGCUCAGGUACACGCACACAGGCGCGUCGUAUUUGUGUAACAAGGCAGCACGCGUGUUGUCCUCCACAGAGUAUGAUGACGACGUGUUUUUAUGUAGUUAGGCAUAAUUGUAAUACUGUGUUGUGCAUCAUCAAAUAAGUGUUAUAUAUCAACGUAGACAGUUCAUUAUUGUGACGGCGGGGCUUGUUAUCCGUUUAUAUUAAUGCCAGUCGACUGUUUAGCUUAUUGUUGCCAUUGACUUAAACUAAGACGAAUAAUACAUAAUAUAUGCGUCGGUUUAAAUCAGGAUGUACUCGUGAGAUUUUCAGAUGGCAUUUCAAAAGGAAUUUGUUUGUCUAGUAUUUCAUGCGCCACCUGGAAAUCUCACCUAGUAUAAUUAAUUAAUUAAAUUAUUAAACAUUAUACUCAUCGAUGUCUUUUGUGGAUUAGUAGGUUUUAAAUAUUUUGUGUCUGAUUGAACUAAUAAUACAAUAAUGGUCACGAUUUUUGCUCCCUAAGUGUAGUUUGACGAUAAUUGUCUGUUUUGUGUACCUAAUCAAUAAAUCUAUACGUUGUUCAAUAUUAGUCACAUAUUGUGACACGUAGCGAACGUAGAUAAACUUCAGUUUCCGUCUUGUGUAUUUCCGCCAAUUUAUAGUAGUGUAGUCGUCGUUUCCCUGUAUAUGCAGAUUCUAUGUGUUCAGAUUUUACAUAUUUGUAGCUACUUGAUAUUUGUAAAUAACAGGCAUUGGUCUACUCAUAGGUGUAAAAAUCAAUAAUUAAAUCAAUUUCCGUAUUAAAUGCAGUGCGUUGGCUGAAUUGUUCUGAAUAUAAUGUAAUAAUUUAAAUCACUUCGGGAUAUAUAGGGCGAGGCUUUUAUUUCGCCGCCAUAGAGCAAUAAUGUUGAAUUAUUAUACCUAAAUAUGUCAAUGAAUUGAAUCAAUAUCCUUCAAUGAAUAAUACCCUUUCGAACAUGACUUAGGCCUUUUCUUUUAACAUUUUAGGAAUAUAUAUAUAUGUUAUGUGAUUGCCAACCGUGUUCAAGCUCUUGUAGAGCUUCAUUUUAACCGUUUCAUGUAGACAAAUAUUUAUAAUACAAAGGGGGCUUUCGGAGGGUCGCAAUUACACAUUCGUUAGCACGUUACACAGUGUCUCCCGGAGACCGUCGGCGCCACCUAGUGGCUACGGUUGUGAAGGCACGUCCUAGACAAAAGCAAAGCGCCUCAGCAACUGGUCGGAGCACCAGAGCACCACCCCGCGCCCCCUGUACGCGAGCCCGGCCCUCCCGGCGCCUCGCUGUGUAGUUCCAUGUCCAGUGGAUACAAUUAAUGCUAAUAAAAUGAUUUGUUUUAGAAUCGUUACUAGUUUAUUAAAAACACCUUGUCUUCUACUCUUCAUAAGUUGACACUUCGGAACUGAAUUAAAUUCAUGAGUAAAUUAGUGUUAAAAAUUUCUAUGAACAUUGAUGAUGAAUGUGAAGGUGUAUUAGUGAUCGCAUUGAAGCGUGUUGAUGUCGUCUUGCAUCUUUGCGGAGAUACCUCAAACUUUUAGGCUGUAUGUUUAUAACAUUUUAUUUAUUUAGUUUAGGCGGCCGGUACACUGAGAUAACUGCAAUACGUGACUGACUACAUUAGUUAACACUGGCUAAGAACAGCAUACUAUAACGGAUAGGAGCUGAUGUGGUAGAUGGUGCAAUUGUUUUAUUGUAAUCUCAAUAAUGUUCACACUGAUAAAAUAUUGGAAUUUGGAGGAAUAUGAUCCUGUUAUAAUGUGAAUCAACUGUGUGCUCAUACAAACUAAAGUGUUGGUGACCGCAACUCGAUCAGUCACCUGGUACAAGCUGUAGGUGUCUCAGGUUGCGCAGGCCGUCUCUGUUAUUGUGAAAUUGUCCCAUACAGCCUUUGCCUAGCAUCUCUUGUGGGGAUGAUGAAUGAAGCAAUAAGUGUACUGAUGUUUAUAAUCUUAAAUGUUAAAGGUUUCGAUUAUUAUAUGGAAAAGUAUCUUUUACUAUGGAAGAUUGUAAAUAUUAAAAUAGAAUUAUAAAAUAAAAUAAUGAUCACUGAA